GGUGCUGGAUAGUGUCCGGCUCUCAAUUCCACGAUUCGGUGGCUGUCUGAUCAACCCUAAUUACCAUGUCGCGAGCCGAUCGGGGCAUUUUCGCCCUGACAGCCAACAGGCUAACGAAGAAGAAGCUUCCGGUGUUUCCCACCUUGGGUUUGCAGCGGAUCGGGGGCAGGCACAUGAAUUACGAUACUGACUACUCCACCAACUUCAGUGCGCAGUUCCGAGACUACAUCCGCCGCAUCGAACACCACGAUCACAUUCAUUACGAAGAGGCCAGAGCCUUGGCUGGAAAGGGUCAGGAGAUCCCAUUUGAGCCGCUCGACGAGAAAGAGCGCAGGCUGUGGCCGGUGAGGAGGAACACGUUCCUUGAUGUCAUGAGCCAAGGCUCGGAGGCGCCAGCGGAAAGCAGCAGACCCCUUCCGAAGGCACUGAGCCAGGUCAUGUGAGCGAGAGAGAGCUGUCGUGGCCGCAGGCGACGAUCCGAAUCGUCCGAGUCUGGCUGCAGUGCUGCUGCACAUGCUGCAGAAACGAGUCCACCAGCUCACAUGGACUCGAGAGCUGCUGCCAUUGAAGAAAUGUCAACAAGUCGCAGAGUCGGGUGCCUGGGUCUAACACGGACCCAGAGACUGUAACCAUCGUAUGCGCCACGCGGAUCCAUAGAUUUAUGAUUUCUAUGCACACUAAUAUCCCGGUGGUGUUCGAGACGGAACUCUCGAGGACCUGAACUUUUCUUUCUGCAUCGGCCACUGAAUUGGCCACAUCUCGCACCCGUGUUGACCGAGGUGGAGACGAUUGAACGACAAACAUGCGUUUCGGAUUGAUGGACACUUCCAUAUUUUCUGACAAUCCACAGGGAAGCAGCAGAUUUGGCUGACCCGAUGCUGUAGAGCGCAUUCAUUGAUUUGCUUGUACUGGAAGAGAAGCAAUUUCUUUGGGUGGAACAGAGCAGGCUGCUUUUUUCUGCUCUGUUCUCUGUCAACAAAAGCGUCUUGCAACUAUUUCUUGGAAUUCUCCAGAUUUUGCGUUGGAAACUAGCUGUCCCAAGUCUUGAACCAGUCCUCGGAACCGGAACUCGAGAAGCAUGAGCUGAAUCUGGUGAACGAACUCCAGAUCGGUUGCCCAAAUUUUACACUGUAAUGUAAGAGUAUCAUACCAUCUGCA